AUGGCUCCCGCCGGUAUCGAACAAGCUGCCAACAAGCAGUCCACCACACCAACACCAACCCGCUUCUUCCCGGAAUGGACGCAAGAAGAUGACAGCGAUGUUGAGAUUGCUUCCAUUGCCCGAAGACAGCGAGUUCGCUUCCGAGCUGCCAGUGUCGCAGGCCGACAGAGAUACCAAUCACCGCCACGUGACGAGCGGCCUUCCCGCCGAGAUGUGAGCCAAGAGGCCCAUGAGAUUCGUGUCAUGCUCCAAGAGCGAAAGCUCGAGAACCUGGCAAAGGGACUCGGUGCGGCGAGAUCGACUUUUGCCCACGGCGUGGGCGCCGCCGUAGAUGCCGUCGCACAAGGCUUCAGCAACUCGGGCAGUGCUGCGGCCUCUGCCUUUGCGGAAGGCGAAGGGGUCGCCGGCGCAGCGAGCGCCGCUGCGGAAGCAGUGUCGGAUGGCAUACACAAGGGCGCCAGUGAAGCAGCCCAAGCCGUCGUCAGCGCUGGAGGCGCUCUUGCCAGCGCUGUGGAAGACUCGGUCGAGGAUGGGAGCAAGACAAGCACAACGACUAAAUAUGAGGCGCCUUCACCGACGCAGGAGCCGCCUCAAGUGACAGAGACGUCGCCCUCGCCAUCAUCAACUUAUUACAAUGACCCUGUUCCUCCAGAAAUCACCGACAGCCCAGCUGAGGAUGUACCCCCUCCCAAGGCAGAGCAGCCUCCCAGUGACUUUUCCAGUGAAUCAGGAUUCAGCUCAUCGGCUGAAAGUUAUUCGGCAAGCUCAUCAGAUGAAGAACCUACCCCCACAGAUGACAGCCAAAAGAUUUCGCUCAGCACUCUUGUCCCUGGCGCAACCAUUACUGGCCCGAGCGGCACCCGUCUACAGCUGACGCCCAUCCUGACUAACCCUCUCCCGGCUGCGACGUCUGGUAUCAAAAAGGGCACAACCGCCAGCAACAAUGACACGACGCCACCAUUUGCCGUGGCCCCUGACCGUACCACAAUGAUUACCAGCAUCUCUCCGACCUCGAACAUGACACCCAAUCAGACAGGGGGGCCAAUCGCCGACUUAAACCCCAACGGUCCGGACCGGGAGGAGAGUAGUGGUGGUGGUGGUGGUGGCGGCGGCGGACUCAGUACCGGUGGCCAAGAUGCUGUCAUGUCCAUAGGCGUAUUAAUCGCUGUUUCUGCAGCUGUUGGCAUUGGAUACUUUCUCUGGCGAAGACGCAGGCGAAUCAUGAACCCUGAUUGUGUUAUUACCGGCGGCGGCGGCGGCGACUCACCCAAAGACUUGUUCAAAUCAACACUUGGUAGAACAAAACAGGGUCUUAUUAAUGUUGCCAGACGGAUUCCCUAUCUCCGCGACAAGUUUCCCCGCGACCGCGAGAACAGAUGGGACCAUCUCGGGGAUCCAUACGGCGACUAUUUCACGGAGAAGAGUCAGAGUGCUGCCAACGCAGUAGCUUCUUCUGCUGGCUUUGAUCCGGCUGCCAAUGAGAAUCGCAAGCUCGAACCCGUCACGAUACAAACUAGCUUUACACGUACAGGCUCAGCUGCCUCCAAGUUCAACAGCACCGCUGGUGUCGGGGGCACAUUCUCGACAGUCGGCGUCUCCUCGAAUAAUCUAGACGCCUCGGCGCUGGGCAUCUCUUCAGUCGCAGAAGCCAACGCUCGGGCAGCAGAGCCUGGCUCCGACUCUCGGGGACAGUCACCCUUUGCAGACCCGGCCGACGACACACCAAUCAGCCCGACGGCGAUGCCGCCAGCGCGCUCUGCCUCGCAGGCUCGACACCUGGCAGGCAGCGGCCACGUCACCAAGCCGUCCCUCUCCUCCACCGCUCUAGAGUACAAUCUGACCUUGCCCUCUGCCCCUGGGGGCGCGCGCCGCAUCAGCGAUCUGUCGUCUUUGUCGUCUGGCUUUGGCGACGGCGACAUUUUUGUGCCGUCCAAACAGGCGCGCAAGUCGACCACGUCGAGCAAGCUUCAAAACGUCAUGAGCCACAGCGACAACAACAACGAUAACAACAACAACGAUAACAACAACAACAAUAACAACAACAGCAGCAGCAGCAGUAAUAACCGACACAGCACCGCCACGACCGUCACCACCACCACCACUCGCGGCGACACGCGCCGAGAUACCGUCUUUACCGAAGCGUCUGAAGACUCGCCGCCGCGCUUCCGCACCGUCAACUCAUGGGUCCGCCAGCAGUCGGGCCGCGUAAAGCGCGCGAAGCAGCGCGAGCAGGACGCCGCUGAUGAGUCGGGCACGCCGCCGCCCGUGCCGGCGAUACCUCCGGAGCAGGACUUUCGGCUGAUGAUGCCGGAUGGCGAGGUGCCGCGAAGAGUCGAGGAUACGGAAACUGGGGAGGGAGACGCCGGCGACUGGGGCUCUCAGACGAGGAGCGUGCUAAGCGGGACGAUUGGGGCGGCUCGUUGA